UAUUAACAAACGUCAAUAAGUUUUCGUAUCAAGCAGUAAAAGUAUAAAUUGAAGUUAAAUUAAAUAAUAUUUCAUUCAUUAACUAACACCUCGAGUUAAAAUAACGCAAAGUCGUGUUAAGCGGCUAAUAUAGAAACGGUAUUGAGUGCAGUUUUAUUUGCGGAAUUAAUUUGCUAAAUUAAACAAUGGCGGAUCCAUUAAGUCUCCUACGGCAAUACAAUAUAAACAAAAAAGAGAUUAUUGAAAGAGAUAAUCAAAUAAUCUUUGGCGAAUUUUCGUGGCCAAAAAAUGUGAAAACAAACUAUUUGAAAUAUGGGUCUGGCAAAAAAGGGGCUCCACGCGAAUAUUACACGUUGGAAUGUUUACUAUAUCUACUUAAAAAUGUUAUGCUGCAGCAUUCGGUGUAUGUGCGACAAUGUGCGGCGGAAGAUAUACCUGCUGUUAAUCGUCCUGAUCGUAAAGAGUUACUUGCCUAUCUUAAUGGAGAAAACUCAACAUGCGCCAGCAUAGACAAAAGUGCACCACUUGAAAUUCCCACACAAGUCAAGCGGCCUGCUGAUGGAGAUGCACCAGGAGGCGAUUCACUCGCAAAGAAGGCACGCUUUGAAGACACCCAAGUGCAAAAAGUGCGUGAACAAUUGGCUGCACGUUGGGAUGUCAACAAAAAGGAGACCACUGUCAAUAUCGACAAUAUCAAAUCGCUCUCAGAAACGAUGUCUGUGGAGAAAAUUGCUGCCAUCAAAGCAAAACGUUUGGCCAACAAACGUACCACCAUUAAACGCACUGACAAUGAAGAUGCGAUGGCUACAGAUUUACGUGCCAUACUUGAUUAUGAUGUAGAUUCAACGAAACAUAUAAUAAGCCGCGAGCGUCAGUGGCGAACGCGUACCACUAUAUUACAGAGUGCGGGAAAGAUGUUUGCUAAAAAUAUAUUCGCUAUAUUGCAAGGCAUAAAGGCACGUGAAGAAGGGCGAAAUAGACCGGCAGCACAACAAGCUAUCAAGAUGCCAGAACCGGCACGUAUUGCGAAACCGCAACCACAGUUGACGCAAUACAAUCGUUAUGAUCAGGAACGUUUCAACAGACAAAAAGAAGAAACGGAGGGCUUCAAAAUCGACACACUGGGUACUUAUCAUGGUAUGUCACUGAAAUCCGUGACUGAGGGUUCACUUGCGCAACGUAAGGCGAAUAUGCCACCACAAAUACCUGGUCGCCCCAAGGAACUUUUACCUACAGCUCAAGCUCGACAAGUGGCACCAUCGGCACAGAAACGCGUUUCGCGCACGCCUAUCAUUAUAAUACCUUCCGCUAAUACCAGUCUAAUCACCAUGUACAAUGCCAAGGACCUUUUGCAAGACCUCAAAUUCGUCUCAACUGAAGAUAAAAAGCGUGCAGGUGGGGCAAGAGACAACGAAGUCUUGCUGCAGCGCAAACGAAACAAUCAAACUGUACCAUAUCGCGUCAUUGAUAACCCGCAAAAGCUUUCGGCCCAAGAUUGGCAACGAGUCGUAGCAGUAUUUGUAAUGGGACCCGCUUGGCAGUUUAAAGGUUGGCCCUGGGAUGGAAAUCCUGUGGAAAUUUUCUCCAAAAUUUGUGCUUUUCAUUUACGCUUCAGCGAAUUAAAACUGGAUACCAACGUUGCGAAGUGGUCGGUGACAUUGUUGAAUCUUUCGCAAAAUAAGCGACAUUUAGAUCGUGCUGUUUUAAUGACGUUUUGGGAGACUUUGGAUAAAUACAUGGCGAAAAAUAAGCCGGAUCUUAGAUUUUGAAUGCUCUGUAAAAAGUCGACUGGUAAAUGCAGCGCUGAUUCCUCUUCCACUACACAAUUUCUCUUGUGGAAGAAAGUAUAAGACAUAUGUUUUUUGAUGUCUUUAAUAUUCAGAAAAAACAUAUAUUAGCUAGUAGUAAAAUUAUUUUAAAAUAAACUCGAAAAUGUUAUGUAUUAUAUCUUCGGCUACUUAGAAACAACACUACUCUUCAUGGGCACCUUUCAGUGCCUAGCGUGCUGACAUGAUUGAAUUGUUAACAGUUCGCUUCGUUAGAAUAUACAUAUGUAUAUAUUGAUUGAAAAGUCAUCGAAAAUAAACAAAUUUGAUUUAAUGAAAGAA